AUGUUACGACCGGCUGCCUCGCCCUGGAGGAACUUCUCGCCCACCUCCGCCGCUGCCAUACGGCGGACGCCCGUUGCUGCGCGAUGCAUCAACAUAUCAGCCACCAGCUCGUCCAAUGAGCCCGCGCUGCAGCAGGCAGUCAGUGUUGAGGGCACCGCGACGCCCAUGCACACACCAGACGCCCGAUUCGAAGUCAUUGGCACCCCGUUCUCCCUCCUCUCCGUCUCCCUCUCCGCCUCACAGACGCUCUACACCCGCCGCGGCACACUCGUCGGCCUCAGCGGAAAGUCAGAGAACACGCUAUCAACCCUCUCCUUCCUCGAACCCCUCCAGAGGGCCCCCGUCGGCAUCCCCUUCCUCUACCAGAAAGUGUCUUCGACGAGCCCCGUCACAGCUCUCGUCUCCACAAAGGCACCCAUAUCGAGUAUCGUCUCGGUCAACAUGGACGGAAGGGAUGAUUGGAUUGUUAGCCAACGGAAUGCGUUGCUUGCCUGGACUGGCCACACUCUCAAGUUGAAGCCACAGUACAAUGUAAAGUUGGGGCUGGCACACUGGGGAAACACAUACAUUACUGGCAGGGGAUUACUUGCGCUUGCAGGAAGCGGACAAAUAUACCAGGUCCAGGUCAAGGCUGGCGAAAGCUAUGUUGCGCAUCCCAGCAACGUCGUAGCGUACACAGCCUCCAACACCCCACCAAUUCCUUUCAGAUUCAAGUCGUCGAAUCUCCGCUUCCAAGUGCCAGACCUUGGCUUUGGCUCAAUGGUCCAGAACACCAAGUUCUUCCGAACCAUGAGCAAGACAGGCACAUGGCGGGCUCUGGCAACCACAUAUUACACUCUCAAGACAUGGUUGCGGAGAACAGUCUGGGGAGAUAGGUUAUUCCUCCGUUUCGAAGGCCCAACCACCAUGCUCAUCCAGUCUCGCGCUUCACGAAUCAGCGACGUUCUUACCCUGAGAAACGUCGAUGAAAUCGCGGACAGCCCACCAGGCGCUGUCGAAGACGCCGCCACGCGGAAGAUCAAAGAGGAAAUCAAGUCAAUAGGAGAGGGCACAAAAGCACCGAUACCCAACACAGACGCAUCGGGCACAAUUCGGUAUGCCACCGUGAAAGAUGGCAAGGCUGAGUUUGAGAAGCCCAAGGUAGAGGAGGUGAAGAAGAUGCAGACCCAGCCGAAUCAUUUGAGCAACGAUCAUGUCUUCGCCAAAGACGAAACUGCGCAAAACAUGACGGAGAUCGAAGCAAAGAUAGCAAUUCCAAGUACAGAAACAGCUGUUCCAUACACGGUCUUCACCAGGGCCGAGCGGCGCAUGAUCACAUGGCUGAUCGGAUGCAGCAUGUUCUUCUCGCCAUUUACAGCCAACAUUUAUUUUCCAUGCCUUGAAGAACUCCAACACGCUGUGGGCGUCAAUGCCAGCCUAAUCAACCUUACCAUCACGACAUACCUCAUUGUUCAAGCAAUCGCACCAGCCUUCUGUGGAGACUUGGCCGACAAUCUCGGACGGCGACCUGUGUACCUCAUCACUUUCGCUAUAUACGUCUGCGCAAACCUGGGUCUCGCUCUUCAGCAGAACUAUGCUGCUCUGAUGGUCCUGCGUGGCGUCCAGAGUUUCGGCUGCUCCGCAACGGUAGCUAUCGGGUACGGAGUCAUUGCCGAUGUAGCGACGCCAGCUACUCGGGGAAGCAUGUUAGGGCCUGCAAUGAUUGCGACAAAUCUCGGUCCAACCUCUAUCCCGGCCAUCUUCGCGGAAAUUUACGAUCUCGAUGAGCUCCAAGUUGGUCUAUGCUACUUUUCCAUAGGGAGCGGUGUCAUCCUUGGUGGUUACGUCAACGGGAAACUAAUGGACUACAACUACCGCUCCACAGCCAAGGCGAACAAUAUCACGGUCGACAAGGUUGCUGGCGACGAUCUGGUCAAGUUUCCCAUCGAAAAGGCACGCUCUCGGUUGUCGUGGCUUCUGAUCCCGAUAUCGACUGCAGUCAUUACGCACAACACCCUCAUUGUGGACAUUUCCCCGCAGAACACAAGCACUGCCGCUGCAGCAGGUAACAUCACACGAUGCGCUCUUUCAGCAGCAGCUGUUGCCGCCAUGCAGCCUCUUCUAGAAGUGAUGGGCAAGGGCUGGUUCUUCACGGCUCUCGCCGCAAUCUCUGGUAUACUCAGUACCAUCGCAACAAUGUUCAUUCGACUCAGAGGUAUGGCAUGGCGCAAUGAACGGCACGCACGUGAGCAAGACGGAUGUACGCAGAGAACGGCGCACAGAACCGAGGGAAAGUGA